UCCACUAUAUAUAAAAAGGUCGCCAAGAACCACACACACAGGUCAGUUAGUCAUCACAGAGCAGCUGAGUUUUUCAUAAGCUGAAGAGCAGAGUGAGUGAGAGAUAAUCAGAGAAAGGAGCAACAGAGGAGCUGCAGCCAUGGGGUUCUGCUGCGGGCCUUCGGAUGUCCAGGUGCUCCCCAAGAACACCUCAUCAUCAUCUUUUUCCUCUUCGUCUGCCAAAGAUACCGUUGAUGGCGGCAAGAAGAAGCAGCAACAAGGUGUAAAGAAAGAACAGGAGAAAGAGAAGAAGAGGAGCAACCUCGACCGGGCCACCCUCACCACGCCCCGCCUCCCCUUCCAUUCUCGACCCGGUCUCAUGUGACAGAUUACACAAUAGAGCUUGGGUGCUCUUCUGUUAGCUUAUUCAGGUUUGGAGCUUAAUUAGGAUAUCUAGUUUCGGUUCUUGCAUUGAAGUUUCCAGAUUUGUACUGUUGCCACGUGUACUAUUUAUUCAUUUGUUAAUUUACUGUAGGUUGCGUUCACUAUCAUCAACGUAAUACUUGUUUUCCCUU